CUGGAUAUAUACGGAGAGCGGCGCUAAAAUUGGCUCCCAGGGGCCUCUGGAAGCACCGACGAGACGCGCAAAGGCGACUCCACAAAAGCCGCAGCCCACCUAGGCGAGAACCGGGGCGGUUCGGCGAGGCGCGCUGCGCGAGAGCUAAGCUUGCUGCCGGAGAGCUUCAAGCGCGAGCGCGGGAGCGAUGCGGUCGCCCAGCGAAUUCGUCGCGGACGCGGCCAGGCAAACGGUGCGGAGCGGCGGCGCAUUGCUAACAACAUUAAAACGAGCCGCGCGCGCGCUGACCAAUUCGCUCCCGUCGAGGCAGAAGGACAAGAAGAAGCAGAAGCCGACGGUGCUGAACGUGUGCGUCGUCGGAGUUGGAACACUCGACAAGGGACACCAAAGGGCAAUAAAGUGCAUCGGCAAAUUAGUACAGAGCCCGCAGGAGGCGAACGUGCUCGUGGUCAGCCCCUACGUCAGCCUGUGCUCGGAUCCGCGGGUCCUCACGAGCUUGCUCGUCGGCUUGGUGGGCGCGACUCGUUUGGUUACCUUCGAACUGAUUGGUGCCUUGGCGACUAAGUUGCGGGACGUGCCUUCGCUAGAGGAUCCUCGCGUUGCUGCUCGAAUUGAUGAUCCGCGGCUCUGCCCGGGGCCGCCGACGGCCGGGUCCAAGUUGGAUCGCCGCCUCGUCGUGAUAGUAGACGCGGACAAGCCGCGAUUACUAAGUCAGCUAAGCAGCCACGACCUCCGAACUAUAGCGGUCGCUCAUGGAGCUUUUGCUUUUAUCGUGUCUGACGUUGGGGUGUUGAGAAAUCAAGAAUUUCUACGGGAGUUCAAAUACCUAGUCUCGGGUCCGUUGGAGAGGGUGUUAGUUGUUGGUGGGCCUCGCGUAACUGAACCACUCGCUUCUGGUCUACAACGUCUUGUGGAUCAUUUGCGGCCUCCUGGGUCUCCUACUGAUGAUAUGGCGGAUGUUACAGAGUCCACUGGGGCCCUGGAGGUCUCCACUAUCACGGUUCUCGGGUUCGCCCAAACGUGCCUCGGAAAAGGUCCUGAAGAUCUCAAGCCCGCGCCGCUGUUGAGGAACUUGAUGACUGAUGUUGACGAAGGACCUGCGACGGCGCGACGCGACGCGCGCGUGGGCCAAAGGGUGAAUAUCAGGGAGUGGAGAAUUAUUGGCGGGCGCCACGUUCGCGAAAUUAGCGAAGGAACCGUCGAGGCCAUCAUCGAUCCAGCAGUUUCGGGCUUCGUCGUGCAGAAAGGAAUUGGUGUUAGCGGAAAAUGUCGACUGGUCGAGACGCAGCUCGUCGCCGUCGACUUUACUACUGGCGUGUUAGCUUGGGAGCGGCUCUACUUCUGCGCCGACGAUCCAGUUUUAGGUUUGGUAGGAUCGGUACAGAUCCCGCAAUUUGAUCGCAUCGAGUGGGCGAGUGAUGGAAAUGCAGUGGCGGCGCCGUGGGACGAGUCGGGUGCGUCGUCGAAUGUAUAUGGGGUAUUUGCCGCGGUCGCGCGCGACAAUGCGCCGCGUACUGUUAGCAAUGACUGGGCACCCCUACCGGCUGUAGGAGGAUCUAGCAUUAUUUCCAGGGCCUGGAAGACGGUUGCCAGUUCGUUAGAGACUGCGGCGCGCCGAUUAUCCGGCGGGGGCUCCUCGCCGGCGCCCGUCGCUCCUUUAGACCAAGACGUCAUCUCAGAUCCCUGCCGCGUCGUAAUCCAUUCCAGUGCGCGGGCGCCGGACCAGACGAGCCGGAUAGAUGUGAACGCUGAAGUGUCAUCGGUUCUAGAUGCACGACACGAGGCGCAAGAGAGACGGAGGGAUAGGCGAGCCUGCAAUACGAUUUCUGGUGCCGUGUUGCAGCAAAUGGGCCAAUCGCUAGCGAAAUCUGCGGGUCAUGUUUUUAUUUGGAGAAUCGACGAUAAGAAGAGGGCGAGACGCUACACGAGUAGAAAGAAAGCAGAGGCAGGGGAGACGGGAAGCUAUGGGGACGACCCUUUCCAACGCACGUACCUUCCUGCUCUUCUGAACGAAAAAAUAAAAAGCAAGAACACGAGAGAAGCUGCCGAAGCUUGGGCGAAGACGACGAGCUGGAGAGCCGCCAAAAACGAAGCUGAUGUGCCGCCGGACAGGAAGCCCUGGACGGACGGCUAGGGAGGCUCCAACGUUGUCAUAAGUCAUAGUGUGCUCCACCCACCCUAUGGAACCUCCCUCCCAC